UAUGGAAGAGGCAACACUGGACGAUCUGUUUGUGAAUGCCGAUGAGGAAGAGUAUGAGGAGGAGCCACAGGAGCCCCCGGUUAGGGGAUCCCUGCUCUAUUUCAUGGCAAAAAUGUGGGAUUUCUGGAACUGGAACAUCCGGAUGGUCACCUACGUGGAGCGUUUACCUCUCGAGUACUUUGCCGGCUUCUGGCAUUUCCAUAUCGUUCAUGCCGGCGACUAUUUGGAUCCAGAAUUAAAUUUGCGGCGCUUUCAAUGGUACCACAUAUCGGUGGUAUUUCGUGGCACAAGCUUAUGGACACACCAAAGAAAUAGUCCUCGUCAUGGUGCCAUUGGAAUGCCACUUGAAAUUCGAUGAAAACACCCCCCCUCCUGCUCCACGCUGAUGUUUGCCCCCCCACCCCUUCCAUCCUUCCCCCUCGGAGAGGACCCCGUCAACAUCUGGUAUCGUAUCUUCGUCGUGUCUGAGGUUGUGUGACAUUUUGGCAGCAAUUCAACGAUGGAAAAACGUUUGGCAGCACGGCCAGCAGAUGAUAAGCUCGCGGGGAGUAACCGGAACCCCCUCCACCUCCCUCCCACCCUCCCAACGAUACGG